AUGCCCUCUUCCUCGUCGCACCCGGCCUCAGGCCACCACACCUCGGCCAAUUCCAGCAGACGCACUCACCAUAGCUCGCGGCCCGGCCAGACAGCGUCAGAGUACGCCGAAGAAGUCAUGGAGCAGCUCAAGAACGCAAACACGCAGCUCAACAAGGCCAACUCGGAGCGCGACCGCUACAAGCACCUUUAUGAACAAGUAUUGGCCAAGGUGUCCCAAUCCAACGCCGCCAAAGACGACUUCAAGGCCCAGGCCCAGUCGCUCAAGGAACACUCCGCCUUACUGCGCGCCCGCGUCCAACAGCUCGAGGAUGAGAAUGACCAGCUGCUGUGCGAUAACGAGUUGUGGGACAAGGACUACACCAUGCUUGAAAAGAGCUACAGUGAGCUCGCCUUGCAACACGACACCCUGCUGGCGUCGAUGCCGGCGUCAUCAUCGUCGCACCGCAUGGCCACCCACCUGCCUGAGAAGCCCAAGCGGACCUCUCACCACAAGAAGAAGUCGUCGUCUUCUUCGACGCGCAGAGAGCACAAAGAGUCGUCGCCCUCGUCGCGCAGGAGCAACAAUAGCAAUGGCGACAAGGACCAAAAGGACCGAUUGUCGAAGCGCUUCGAAGAGAAGCGGUCGUCCGUGAGCGGGAGCCGGGGCUCGCGCCGGGAAAGCUUCAUUGAGGGUUGGGGUCCCGCCUCCGGAUCGUCAGCACCGGCUGCUCCACCCACGGCCGGGGUCACAGGCCGGUCGUUUGCUGGCUUCGCCACGUCGGGCCUUGGCCAACCUCCGGCCGUGUCGCCAUCGUACAACAAGGUGUCCUUCUCCUCGGUGCCCCGGACCGCCGCAAACCCGCUCAGCCCUGGCCUGUACAGCACCACGGCGCCAUACGACGGCGAGUACCACGACGAUGGCAACUACCAUGUGUACCCGGUGACGCGGUAG